AAAAAUAAGAAAUGCUAAUCAAAUUUGAUUAGAGCUUGAUUCCACACCGUAUUUUUGGUAAAUAAAAGGACUGAGCUGGCAAACAUGAUAGAAACCGGAAACCCGGAUGUAAUUAUUAUCACAGAGACAUGGCUCACACCCGAUGUCACUGACAACGAAGUUAACCUGCCAAACUUCGAAGUGCACAGGGUAGACCGACUAAACCGCAAAGGAGGGGGCGUAGUCAUCUACCUCAAGAAAGGCUUAACCGUGCGUAGUAUCGAAGCACUCGCCCACGAAAGUGAGUCGUGCGAACUUCUACGCUGCAGACUUAAAUGCAUAGGCCAAGACAUUGACCUCAUUGCUGUGUACCGCAGUCCUGACUGCAGUGCAGACGACUUCCUAAUAGAGAAGCUAGGCUCCUGGACUUCAAAAUGUCGAAGUCUCGUAGUCGGUGACUUCAACGCCCCAACAGUUGACUGGUCGAGCCUAACAACUCCAUCUUCAGUCAACUCCUUUGACCAUAAACUGCUAGAAUCUAGUAUAUCGCUAGCCCUAGUCCAACAUAUCAUUAAGCCCACGCGCUAUGACUCACAGCACUCCUCAUCAACUCUGGACCUAGUGUUCUCACACGGUGAGGAUGUGGAUCUCAUACAACAUCUUCCUCCGUUAGGAAGAAGUGACCAUGCUGUGCUCACUUUCAAGUUCACAGCAACGGCAGCAAGGGCCAAAACCCCAGCUCGACCAAACGUUUGGAAAGCUGACAUAAAUGCGAUCGUCUCAGCAGCCAACUCAGUAAACUGGUACAUCAAUCCAGAGUCCCAAGUAGAAGCCGCAUGGAACCAAUUUAAGCAACUUUACGCCCAAGUAACUGUACCCUUCAUCCCUUGGUCUGUUCCAAAGGGUCGGAAACAUUCCCCCCCUUGGAUAAACCGGGAGAUUCGUAAGUUACUCAGACGUAAACGCAAAUGUUGGAACCUGUUUGCAACACUUGAGACUUCUGAGACCAGGGAAUUAUAUACUACUGCUAGAAAUAAAGCUAUCGCAGAAAUCCGCCAAUCAAGGAUGAAGUUCGAGACACACCUGGCCCAAAAUGCAAAGGCACAACCUAAGAAAAUUUUCUCGUACUUGAAUUUCAGGAAUAAAACACCCAAUGGUGUCCCAAACCUGAUUAUUGACAAAGAUACAAUCGAAGAAGAUCAAGAAAAAGCAGAAGCAAUGGCAAACUACUUCUCCCAAGUCUUCACUCAGGAGUCAUCACUGCCUAUAGGAUCAGCUCUGGCUGCAUCAGAAGAACAUGGGAUAGAUUCCGUUGACAUCGACCAAGGCAUCGUGCUCAACUUCUUAAUGAAACUAGAUGCAGGAAAAUCAAUGGGUCCUGACAGUCUUCAUCCAAGGCUUCUCAAGGAGCUAUCAGCCCACAUAGCCGGCCCCUUGACCACGAUCUUCAAGCUAUCUCUCCAAAAUGGAGUGUUGCCACGUGAUUGGAAAGACGCCAUAGUAACUCCCAUACACAAAGGAGGAUCAAGACAAAGCCCUUCAAAUUACAGGCCUAUCAGUCUCACCAGCACUUUAAUCAAGACACUGGAAAGAAUUAUCAAGAAAAGCAUCAUGGCUUAUCUGGAAAAUAGCAGCUUGUUAUCUGGAGCACAGCAUGGCUUCCGGAGGAACCUCUCAUGCCUGUCAAAUCUCCUGACUGCAAGAGAAAGCUGGGUUAAAUCAAAGGAUGACAGAAGACCCGUUGACGUCGUCUUCAUAGACUUCAGUAAAGCCUUUGAUAAAGUACCUCACAAAAGACUACUCAUGAAAUUGGAAAGUCUUGGUAUCAAAGGCAGACUACUAGACUGGCUCAGGGAAUUCCUCAUAGAUAGGAGGCAGAGGGUUAGGAUCAACUCAAAACUCUCCUCCUGGACAGCAGUAAGUAGCGGAGUGCCACAAGGCACGGUUCUCGGUCCUCUCCUUUUUAUUCUGUAUAUCAAUGAGUUACCUCUGCUGACCGACUCCCCUAUGGUCCUAUACGCAGAUGACUUAAAAAUUUGGAGGGAGCUGAAGGGCAACAGUGAUACGUCCACCUUGCAAGACGACCUCAACAAACUGUCGGAGUGGUCUGUUGAAUGGAUGCUCCCGAUCAACGUGGCAAAAUGUGCAACCAUGCGCAUUGGACAAGCAAGCACGAGCUCCUACGAACUAGAGGGAAUAACACUUCCAUCAGUUCAGACUCACUUGGACUUAGGUGUCAUAGUUAGCCACGACUUAAAAACUACAGCACACUGUCGCGCGGUGGCUGCACGUAGUUUCAGGUCCUUAUGGGCGAUUCGCAGAGCCUUUACAAGAAUUACCAGAGAUAUGUUCACCUCCUUAUACACAUCUCUGGUUAGGUCAAGACUGGAAAACUGCAUCCAGGCCGCCAGUCCGUGUCUAAAAGGGGAUUCACACAUUCUAGAAAGUGUUCAAAGGAAGGCAACACGUAUGGUUCACGGCAUAGCUAACUUAUCAUAUGAGGAAAGACUAGAUAGUUUAAAUCUCUUCUCACUGUCAUACCGUAGGCAGAGAGGAGAUUUAAUCACAAUGUUUAAAAUUUUAAAUAAUGACUACGGACCUGACCUAUUCUCUCUUUUCCUUCCCACCAGGUCGGAACACCUUAGAGGACAUAGCAGGAGAGUUCAAAAGCCAAGGAGAAAUCAUAUUGCUGUUGAGUACUGGUUCUCACAUCGAGUCAUAAACUCUUGGAACCGACUCCCAGAAGAAGUGGUGUCUGCAACCUCAAUUGAUUCGUUCAAGAAGGGUUUGGACAACCACAGAAAUCUACUAGAAAAGGAUUAACAUAGGCUGCAAGCCUUCUAUCCUCAAACAAUAAAUCUGAAUCUGAAGUAUGGAAUUUUCAGCAUGGAUAUCGGUAGCCCAAAUCUUACAGGCCGACCAUAGAUAUCAGGUGUGCGUCGGCGUGGGCUCGAACACAGGAUCGUGUGCAUGGUCGGCGAGAGUCCUAACCACUCCGCGACGCACAAUUUCAAGUCAUCUCAGAAUUUACUCACUAGAAACAAAGAGUCAGUUCACUGCUUGCGAUCAUUAAUUCAGCAUUAUUUUAGCUUGGGUAAUUUAGGAGAAAUAUGUUCAUUUUAACAAGUACUAUACGCGAAGAAAGCAGCACAGUUCAACAAUAGCGUCCAAAGGAUGCGAAAGCACGAGUGACCUUGAGCCGAUCAAUCAUUAUAUCGAGGAAUUUUUGCACAAAAAUGACAUGUGUGCGACAUAUUCCGCAUUAUGCAUAGACGUACGCAAGAUAGUUCGAAUAAUAGGUGAUUUUACUAAUCACGCUGACCUGAAUUUUUUUGGUGAUAUAAAAACCUAGAGGACUUUGUUACUCAACCUUGACAUAGAGUGUCAAUUCAACCAGUCCACACAUCCAAU